AUGAUGAGGGCACACUUGAUACAAGAGCCUGGAAACCUGGCCGGCGUCCGGCACAUCAUCCUCGUCCUCUCGGGAAAGGGGGGCGUCGGGAAGAGCACCAUCUCCACGGAGCUGGCGCUGGCCCUGCGCCACACGGGCAAGAAGGUGGGGAUCCUGGACGUGGACCUGUGCGGCCCCAGCAUCCCCCGCAUGCUCCGAGCGCAGGGCAGGGCGGUGCACCAGGGCGACAGCGGCUGGGUGCCCGUCUUCGUGGACCGGGAGCAGAGCAUCUCCCUCGUGUCCGUGGGCUUCCUGCUGGAGCAGCCGGAUGAGGCUUUGGUGUGGAGAGGCCCCAGGAAGAACGCGCUGAUAAAGCAGUUUGUGUCCGACGUGGCCUGGGGGCAGCUGGACUACCUGGUUGUGGACACGCCCCCAGGGACCUCUGACGAGCACAUGGCCGUGGUGGACGCCCUGCGCCCCUACAGUCCCCUGGGGGCCCUCGUGGUCACCACGCCCCAGGCUGUGUCUGUGGGGGACGUGAGGCGGGAGCUGACCUUCUGCAGGAAGGUGGGGCUGCGGGUGAUCGGGCUCGUGGAGAACAUGAGCGGCUUUGUCUGCCCCCACUGCUCGGAGUGCACCAAUGUCUUCUCCAAGGGAGGCGGUGAGGAGCUGGCGAGACACGCCGGAGUCCCCUUCCUGGGCUCGGUGCCUCUGGACCCCGAGCUAACGCGGAGCCUGGAGGACGGCCGGGACUUCAUCCAGGACUUCCCCGACAGCCCCGCAUUCCCUGCGCUCUCCUCCAUCGCCCAGAAGAUUCUCAGUGAGACGCCCGUGGGGCUCUCCUGA